AUUUGGGCAUAAAAUAGCUUACCUCGUCAGCUGUUUCCGGUGGGCUCGCUAAUCGAGUAGUUUAAUUGGCUUAAUUUUUUAAAUUAUAUUAAGCAUUUUUAUUUGCCAAUACAAUACAAAAAAAAAGAUAAUAGUAGUGAAUGACGGCAAAUUCCAUAGAGAGCAGAAAAUUGUAAUUCAUAAAAGGGCUUAAAUUGGCAAUUACAGCUUCGGCACGGGAAGCACCCUGUGUGCGUGACGCAGUUACACAACGAACGCAAAGAGAAAACAAAAUUCUCAGUCUGGACGAGUAGGCCUCGGGAGCAACGAUUGGGGCACGGAUACAACAACAGCAACAACAACAUCAAAAAAAGCAUACAUUGGAGCUCUGCAGUCCACAGUCUUCAAGAAGAACAACAAACACAGUUCAGGGACGCGGGACACGGGACGCAUGCAGUGAUUUUCACUUUCGUUCUGGCAACGCUUCUGUGAAUCUGUUAUCAGUAUUGUCGUCAUGGUGGUGACCGCGUCAACGUGCCGCACGGAGACCGUGUUCGACUACAGCUGGAAACAUGUCGUUUGUGCCUAUUGGAACCGAUACCCGAAUCCGUCCAGCACUCAUGUCCUAACCGAAGAUACCAUCAAGCGUGAGGUGCGCGAUGGUAAAUUGUAUUCACGUCGUCUACUUUCCAAGACCAAUCCUGUGCCCAAAUGGGGUGCUAGGUUCUACAACAAUGUGCCGGUCAAGAUUGUUGAGGACUCUGUGCUGGAUCCGGUGAAAAAGACGUUUACAACAUUUACCCGAAAUCUGGGAAUGAAGAAAAUCAUGAAAGUCGAUGAAAUUGUCAUAUAUAGCGAACAAAACGACGGACGGACUUUGGCCAUCCGGCGGGCUUACAUCAGCUCUCAGGUAUUUGGCUUCUCCCGUGCAAUUCGCGCCUUUGGCAUUGAACGAUUUAAGAUGAACGGCAACAAGGCUUCCAAUGGCUUCAACUAUGUGCUGCGACGCAUGUUCCCGCAACAUCAGCUGACGUCGACGUCAGCGGGACCAGCAACAUCCCAACCGGGCACGACUGCGGUAGCUCAGUAUGGUGACAUGGCCGUGGCAACAGCGAAUCACAGCGUCAGCAACAGCAGCAAAACAGAGGCGCUAAAAAAGACGGCGAAAAUCGGUUACGAGUUCUGUAAAUCCCAUGCAAGUAAAAUUGCACAAUUGUUCUCUGUCAGGAACUGAGAUUGCAAUGGAAGAGUAUUGGAAUGUUGCCUGGAAUCGAAACGGAGCUCGGCUGGCGCUGUGACAAGCGACCCAUAUAUGUAUAUAUAUUCCCAUAUGUAUUCCAAAACACUACAACUUGCUGCAUUUCAUUCCGUGUGUGUUGAGUUGUUUGAACGGAGGAAGAGCACGUUAUGCUCAACACAUCAGCGUCAUUAUAAAAGAAAAUGUUAUUGAUCUUAGAUGUUAAUAAGAGAGUACGGCUGCAUUAUUACGUACACUUCGUGUAAAAAUUUGGUUUUUAUGUAACAUAUUGUAAAUACAUAUAUUUUGUAGAAAAUAGAUGCGUAGGAUACAACAAAACUAUUUGUAAUGGAACCUUGACACUUAAUAAAUAAUUGACACGGGCUUAAAUCGGA